ACGCUAGAAGGUGGGGUGCUCAUCAUCUGCGUGAGACUUCUGAGACUGCGGCCAGAGCCCCGCCGCCCGUCCCGACCUCUGAAGCGGGAAGGCGGGCUGAUGCCCGUCAUCUGCGUGCGACUUCCGAGACUGCGGCUGGAGGCCUGCCGCCCGUCCCGACCCCGGACGCUAGAAGAUGGGAUGCUCUUCAUCUGUGUACAACUACUGGGGCGACGGUUGGAGCCCCGUCUCGUGUUUCCCCACCUACCUCUGAGACGGGAGUUUGUGGGUCAGUAAAAACCUCUUAUUCAACAGCACUGCCAACUGAACUGAUCGACAUGACGCCGUUCUCUGCAAGCGAGUACGACCUUAUGUCACCCACCUGCUCUACUUCGAGGGCUUCAGUCCAGGAUGCAGGGGACCAUGGCACAUGGACUUUUCCUGAGCACUUGAUGUGCAAUCAAACAGAGAUCACGGCUCCCGAGAACCACCAUUUGGAGGAGAACGAAUACGGAGAACAGGGAGCUGAGUCUGAUGUCAGCGACGGUGUUGAGGUGGCUCCGCCCCAGCACAGUUCUCAGUCGCGUACAUCUCAGUCGGCGAGGAACGGCGCAUCGUGCGGCGAAGUGCGGAAAAAAAAUGUUUGCAUAUAUUGCAAGCAAAAGAGAAAUCUGAUAUGGCGCCAUAUCAAGACGGUCCACCGUGACGAGAAGGAAGUCAAGGAUAUACAGGAGUGUGAUUCUGAGCAGGAACGAAAAAUGAAAAUCACCGUGAUGAUCAACAAAGGCAACAUGGAGCACAACAAACUCGUCCUACAAAGGGGUGAAGGUGACAUGAUCUUGGGAAGGAAGUCGGACCAGGCGUCCGUGGACGACUACGUGCCAUGUCCUUACUGCUAUCUUUUUGUGGUUAAAACCAACAUGAUGCAGCACAUAAAACAUCACUGUGUGGCUCGCAAAACAGAAUGCCCAGACAUUCCCACGGUGCUGGCAGAGAGCCGGACGCUCCUGAGUGACGGCCAAGAAGAAAAUACUGGGUAUCACAAGGACAUAUUGUCUCGUAUGCACGACGAUGCAGUUACGAAGACCAUAAAGAACGAUGAACUCCUGAAGAAGUGGGGUGCCAACUUGCACGCGAAACUUGGAAGGUCGGGUUUUGCGCAGAUAAGCCAGCGCCUAAGGAUGAUGGGCGAAGUUGUCCAAGCAGCCGGAAAGAGCAUGCAAGAGCUGAUCAAUGGCGAAGGAUUUGAUACGGUUGUAAGUGCCACCAAAUCCGUCUGUGGGUUUGAGCAGGACAAGCUAAACGCCCACACGGGGCUGCCCACAUACAAAACUCCUUCAAAGGCCAUGCGGAUUGGAGGCGAACUACGACAGCUGGCUGCUCUCAAGAAGGGCAUUGCGCUGAUCAAGAAAGAAGAAAGCGAAGUGAAAGAUGCUGAGGCGUUCUUGUAUCACGUGGACCAAUUCUGGAAUGUGAAGAUCAGCAGCGUAGCGCUGAAGAACCGCGAGUCGAACAAGUAUGACAAGAAAGACAUGCUGCCCUUUACCAGCGAUUUGAAGCUUUUCACCGAAAAAAAUGAAGGAACGAGUGAAAGAAAUGACAGAAAAGGGAAUACAUGGCAUGACAGACUAUGCAAGGCUGAGCAAAGCGGUUCUCGCCCGUUUGCUAGUAUUCAACAAACGCCGUCCUAAGGAGCUUAGCAGCAUCCUGCUGCAAUCAUGGAUCAACCGAGAGAUGUACAAACAAGAGACGGUAGAAGAAGUGAACAAGUCAAUGGGUGAAACAGAAAAGAAGUUGUUCAACGAGCUCGACGUCGUCAUGUCCCGCGGCAAGUGCGGGAACAAGGUCCCCACCCUGAUACCGAGCGACUGCGCGGCUCCGCUGCAGCUACUGGUAGACAACCGGGAGACGUACAUUGACAAGGAUAACAAGUAUCUGUUCGCAAACCCUCUGGCGAGGACUACAGGACACUACAACGCAGGCGUGGUGCUUAAAGAGCAGUUGUCGGACAUGGCACUAAACAGGGCAGAUCUCUUCCAUGCAACAAAACUACGGAAAUAUUGUGCUACAACGUCCCAGAUUCUAGAGAUGGGUGAAUUCGAUAUGGAGGUGCUCACCCGGCACAUGGGACAUGACAAAGACGUGCAUCGUGGGUACUACAGACUGUCAGACGCUACUCACGAACUGACGCGUGCCUCCAUCCUGAUGAUGAAGCUGGACGAAGGAUGCCUCUCAAAAUAUAGCGGACGGAGCCUGGAGGAGAUGCUCACUGAAGAGGACUUCGACGAGCCAGGCUCUGAAAAUGAGGGCGGUCCGGCUGAUGAUCGCCAAGAGGACGAUGAAGGAGGCCAUGAACAGCGGAAGAAGGACCGCAAAAAAAAGCGAUAUGUAAAGUGGUCUGUGCCCGAAGUGCAGAGACUGCGGGCGAUACUGAAAGCCCGCGGUGGGCGGGUACCCAGUAUGGAUGACCUCAGAGACCUGUACAAGAGGGAGCCGUUCAACGGCCAUAAUCUGAAUGACAUAAGAUGCAAGAUGUACAAACUUAAACAGAAGGCAGUAAGUAUUGACAAU